GAAAGAAAAUACGGACAAACAGAUGUUCGACGCUGCUUGCUCCGAACUUCCACCCCCGUGCCUUCCAGGACAGUUUAUCUGAACCCACUAAACUCAGAGGAAGGCAUCAUGACCAUGCUGACCACGCCUAAACUCUGUACCCAGUGCGGACGCACCUUUUCUUGCUCGUAUACAGACGCACCCACUCGUGAUAUCUUACGCUCUUCGUAUGCUCCUGUCCUGAACGAGCAGGACACUCUUCGUGCCGAGGUCACUGCGAUAGACGCGUCCACAAAGGCAAUAGACGCCUAGCUCGCCGCUAUUCAGGCGCGUCAAGUGGCACUGCAAGCGAUGCGCCAGCAGCUCGCGCUCGACAGGCAGCUAAAGGAAAGCCUACUGUCCCCCAUACGGCACCUCCCUUUCGAGCUCCUGGAACUCAUCAUCCUUCAUGCGUUGCCCGAGAACUGGUACACUGCCGUCUGUGGUACCGUCCGCUUCCCCCUCAUACAGGCGUCUCGUCAAUUCCGCGCGACCGCCUUCGCCAUGUCCGCGCUCUGGUCGACCAUCCGCACCCCCAUCCUCCGCCACCCGCCCAAAGUCAAAGCCCACUUCCUCGACGCCGCCACGGCGUACGUCGACCGCGCCGGCGACCACCCCGUGAACAUCGUAAAGUUUCAGGCCAAUCCGAGCAUUAUGCCGCCCAGCCACGACGCCGAUAUGUGGCUGUCCGCGCACAUGCAUCGUAUCCGCACCCUGAACUGGCAGCUGAGGGGGGGUCGUUUCAUCGUGCCCACCCUGUCCGCCCCGGUGCUGGAGAGCCUGUGCUUGCGCUGGAUGCCGGUUCGGGGUCAGCAGCAACUCGAGAAACAGACGAUCACUGACACGCCCCGCCUGCGGCGUCUCGGGCUUGAGGGUCAACUCUUGCCAUCGCAGUUGCGCUUGCCCUGGGUACGCCUGGAGGAACUGGAGAUGGAUGUCGAGGGGUGCGGGCCAAAGGAUCUGCGCGCGUUGGAACACUGUCAUGCUCUGACGACGCUGGCCAUCAAGAUGCGCUCUUUGUCUGCUUGUCUGCUUGACGAGGACACGCAGAUUCCCAUCGCUCAACUCGGUAGCCUGCGCAAGCUCUCUUUGCGCGCCCAGGGCAUCGCCUACGCCCGAUUCCUCGCUUGCCCGACCCUGCGCGAGUUGGAGAUCGAUGUAAACUCUACAACGUAUCAUGGCGAGCUCGUGCCACUGGUCAGAUCAAUGCUACAGCGCACAUCCUCCAAUUCCGCCCCGCACCCCCUCAAAAAGCUGACCAUCACCACAUUCUACCCCAACGUCGACCGGCAUUUCAUAGACUUGCUUGCAUGCACGCCCGAGCUCCGGAAACUGCACAUCGUCGCCGACGAGGACCGCGCCUUCAGCGACGAGUUGUUAGUAGGGCUGACCGGCACCCAGCUUGUGCCAUCUCUCGAGCACCUUGCUAUCACGCUCGAAUGUCAGUGCUUCAGCAUGGCGGCCGGGCAGCAGCUGGAGGCACUCGCGAUGUCGAGGUGGGCCGAUGGCAAUGGGCCGCCCACGACCCGUCUGACCAUGGCUGUAAACGUUUGCGCCCAAACCCGCGGCUGCGAGUGCGAGCUUCGUCUUGAUUGGUCGCGGGGACUGGAGGCAAGGGGCAUCCUUGUCGACCGAUCGUCAUGUAUACGAGACCAGAUUGAAGCUGGCGGUUAGGCCCUCCUCGGUAUCGAUCUAUGCACGCGUAUCCGUGUCUGUAGGCAAGAUGUUGUGAAUGGUGAUGCUUCGCAAUGAUGUGAGCGUUGUGAAUGUUGACUGCGACGCGCC